AUGGACUACCAAUACCAUCAAGAGGGGUGGGGGCCGUUACAACAGCCCUUCACUACCUUCCCUUUGUACUCAUCACUCCGAGCCACUGAUAUCAGCGACAAUGAAGCAAUCGGAUCGAGCACCUCUUUCGUGCACGGGGAUCAUCAAGGCUUUUCGCAACUUCCAUCAUAUCCAUUCUCUACAUUCCCUACAAUAGCUCCCCAGACCAACUCGGAUAUCAAUCUCUACCAGCCUCGAUAUGUGCCAACUCUCACCGAAAUCCCUCAGACCCCCGUCAACUCCUGCAACUCAGCCCUACCUCCUUCUAUCAGUCCCAGGGAUAUUCAUAUCCCGAGAUAUAAUGGCUUGGAGGUAGCCAUACCUGACUCCAGCUUUUUACCGGAUUCUGCUCCAUCACCGCUCUUCACGUAUUCCAAGAAGAACGACGGUCAAGCAAUGGAAGCAGAUACCGAUACAGAGUCGGACUCGGAUUCGGAGUAUGGCUUUGAACCAGCUCGACAAGGCAGCCGAAGUCUGUUGAACGAUCUCACCGCCUCCAAUUCUCCAAUAUCCUCUUCUCGCCCUCAAAUUAAUGGCUACGCCGAUCAACCAAUUGUUCCUGAAGAUCAACGGACUCCUGGCAAAUCCACUCCUAUCCCGGCAGAGGAGCUACCAGUUGAAAUGUCCCAAAUCGUACUGCCUGCGCUGGUAAACGUUCCAACAAUCAGCAACGACAAGAAGUCUCUGGUCGGUAAGAGGAAGCGACAGUCCGCUUUCGAUAGGAAGAAGGAGGACAUGAUAACACAGACACCCGGAGAUAAGAAACCUACAUCCGGUCGACAAGUCCUGCUAGCCAAGAAGGCCAAGCCUGGUAGAAGACCCCGUCCAACCAAAGCUGCUGGUACAAAGAAGGGCAGUGCAAAUGGAGGGAAACAGAAAGGAAAAACUGUCACUAGUCCCCUUCCUGCAUCUAGCUCCGAUUCCCUCAGCAGCUAUCCUCAGUCGUCCCUCCCUGGACAACAUGCCACAACAAGAAAGGCUAACGCAUCGUCGUCGUUGGCAAGAUCUAGAACAAUUGACGCUGGCACUUUACCACCUCUAUCGUCUCCUGAAACCGGACCAAAACCCAAGUUGCGUAGUCGAUCGAAAUCGAAACCAACGUCAACUUCCAAAUCAAGAGCAAAGAAGAAAGUCGUUGCCAAGACUAUGACAGUGGAGCCAAAAUCAGUAUCAAAUACGGGUAAAAAGCUCAAGGAAGUCAGCCAGCUGGGUGAAAAGGAUCCCUCCUCACCGAUCUCUUCUUGUCCAUCUUCCGACGCCAGUGAUUCUGAUGGUGAAGAUGAAGAUUAUCGUCCAUCUCCUUCCCCAGCUGUCGGAGAAACAAAAGACCAACUGGAUCCCGACUUACCGUCGCCAGUGAAUCAUAAAAAGAAGAGAUCUAGAUCUGAAGAAGCAGAUGACGAGGAGUGGGGUGCGAUUAAGAAAAAGGGAAAGAGGGAGAUGGACAGAGAACCUCAAAUGCUGAUUCAAGAGGCAGGGGAUAUACCGGUGAUAGAAAGGAAGCUCAAUAAAGCAAGAAAUCAGUUAUACCAUUCUGGGCGGCAAGAGCAGAAUGUUCGAGCUCAAUCAAAGUACAGGAACAAGAUCAGGGCUAGGAGUGAUCUGGUUCUUGAAUUUGCUCAGGAGAUUUUCCCCAAGGUCCGCAACACCCCGGCCGCAAAGAAAAUGAUGAAGAAGCUGGAAGAACUCGACCAUAAUUUCGCCGAAGAGAAGUUCGGGAAGCUCUAA